AUGGAAUGGGUUAAUAUGCGAGUGAACAUCGAUGGUCGACAGUUACACGAUCUUUGCUUUGCUGAUGACAUCGUGCUUAGAACACCAAAAAUUUGCAAAGCGGAACGUAUGCUUGCCGACUUUGGUAGAGCCUGUGGAAUGAUUGGUCUUCAACUAAAUCUCACAAAAACGAUGUCCAUGAGUAAGGGAUCGGUUUCGUACGCCCUAUUCACGCUCAACGUACCGAAUAUCUCCGAAUGCUCCAGUUAUGUUAAUCUUGGUCGGGAAAUCAAUAUGAUGAACGAUUUAGCUCCAGAGCUGAAGAAAAGGAAACGAACGGCUUAG